AUGGAAAAUAAAUACAUCGCAACUGGGUCGGGUACUCCCAUAUCGAUAUCAGACGAACUAAACCAACAAUUAGGCGUCCUAUGCGAGGUCGCCCAGAUAUUGAAUAUUGACGAUAUCUCAUUUGCAAGUUACUCUGAGGCCAUCUUGUAUCUCUCCACGGAACGAGCAAAUGCGAAACAGACUCUUGUCAGGUUACAACUGGCUGAAAGAGGGUUACGUAUGUCCCUAGCCGGGACACGACACGAAGAACAGUUGUUGGAGAAAUGGCAAGGCACGCUCCAAGAUGAACAGCAAACAAAUAAUCCUAUCGUAUCGCUUGAAAAGCGCCGUGACGCGACUAUAAAGAAAGCCAAGGAGUAUCGCAAAGCUCUGGAUGACUUAAUGGAGCACGUUGUUGAGGCGCCAGAGAUUACUGUAACAGAUCUCGUCAAGCAGAAAGAGAAGAACCGCUUGAGAGAGCAGACCCUCAAGGACAAGAGGGCGAAGUUGGCCGCAUUUCAAGGAUUACCACCGAACCUUGAUAUCGCCCGCCACGAGCUCCAAAAGGCCCAGGAUGAAUAUAUAAAGCUGAUGCAACUUCGGGAACGCCUGUUGGGCAAGAUGGCCGAUGGCUUGAACUAA